AUGAGGCAAAGGAGAUGGUUAGAAUUCAUAAAAGACUACGAUUUCGAUAUCCAAUACCAUGAAGGGAAAGCUAAUGUAGUGGCAGAUGCCUUGAGUAGGAAGACAAGUCAUACCUUAAGCACUAUGGUGGUGGCAGAUCAACUGUGUUUAGACUUUCAGAAGAUGAAUCUUGAAGUUAUGCAAUAUGGAGAAGUAGAGAAAAUUUUUAGUGUAUCGACCAUUCAACCCUCUAUGUUUGAUCAAAUUAGGGAAGCUCAAUUGAAGGAUGAAAAGAUAAAAGAAAAGGUGAGAGAGGGUCAUGCUGGAGACUUCGAAAUUCAUGAAAAUGGAAGUUUAAGAAUGGAAGGAAGGUGGUGUAUACCCGAAGCCUGUGAAGAUUUGAAAUUCAAAAUCAUGGAAGAAGGCCAUAAUUCUCCAUAUUCGAUGCACCCAGGGGGUUAUAAGUUAUAUAAGGAUUUAAAGAAGAAUUUUUGGUGGGCUCGUAAUUGUCGAUCGGUUGACCAAGUCUGCAGUGUUCAUACCUAUGAAGGCAACAUGGUCGAUGGACCACUAGCUAAGGCCUACAUCAAGCAUGUAUUGAGACUACAUGGAGUACCGAAAGAUACUGUGUCUGAUCGAGAUUCUAGAUUUUUGUCUACCUUUUGGCAGAAGUUACAGCAAGCCUUUGGUUCGAAGCUAUUGAUGAGUACUGCUUUUCACCCAGCCACCGAUGGUCAAACUGAAAGUACCAUACAAACCUUAGAAGAUAUGUUAAGAGCUUGUGUCAUGGAAUAUCAGGGAUCAUGGGAAGAUCAUCUAGAUCUGAUAGAGUUCUCCUACAACAACAGUUAUCAUUCAAGUAUAGGCAUGACACCAUUCGAGGCUUUGUAUGGUAGGAAAUGUAGAAGCCCGUUAUGCUGGAACGAUAUAAGUGAAACAGUUGUACUUGGGCCUGAAUUGAUUGAAGAGACCGUGCAACAAGUUAAGAUGAUCCAAGGAAAGAUUAAGGCAGCCCAAGAUCGUCAAAAAAGUUACGCUGAUCUGAAGCGUAGGGAAGAAGAAUAUGAAUUAAGACGGUACAUCCCAGAUAAAUCCCAUGUGUUGCAACCUGAAACAGUUCAAAUUGAUAAGAACUUGUCUUAUGAAGAAAGGCCUAUUAAGAUUUUUGACAUUAAGGUUAGAGCUACCCGGAAUAAGGAUGUUAAAAUUGUUAAGGUGCUUUGGUCUAAUCAGAAGUUCGAAGAAGCAAUAUGGGAAGCAGAGGCUGAGAUGCGAAAGAAAUAUCCAGAGUUGUUUGCAGAAGGUUAG